UAAAUUUAUGAGUAAGCUCAGUCUGUACGGAAAUUUUAAAGAAAAAAACACUAAAAAAUUCAGUGUAAAAUGGAUAUAAAUAUAUUGGAUCUAAAUGAUUAUUGUCUUGGUACUGUGUUAAAGUAUCACGACCUAGAAGAUCAUGUGCGAUUUGCACAGACUUGUACUAGAUUCCGAGAAGUUCUUCGAGACUGGGCUCCUGUGCUCUAUCCUGAUUUUAAGGUUAAAAGAACUAAAGAUACGGAUCCGGAAACUAUAAAAUGGGAAUAUGAACUAUUAUGCAUAAUCCGUGAUAUCAUUAAGAGAUUGUACCUGGAUAUUCAUCAAGUGGAUGGGGAAACAUCGCUUUCCAUUGAUGAUCUUUGCACUCAGAUUAAAUCCAUGGAAAGUCUGGAGUACAUUGCAAUAAACGAAGGGAGUAUACUUGGAAAAUUGAGUUUUAAUGCUAGCUCACCUCGUCAGCAGCUAAUAGAGAAAGCAUUGGAUGCACUUGAAUUUCUACCUAAUUUAAAGAGUGUCAGUGUGAGCAGCAAGACGGAUAUAUAUUCUUCGUGCUGCUUGAAGCGAAUGAAAUGCCUGGAAAAAUUAUCAAUCGAUAAUACAAUUGGUUCUAAAGAUUUAGUUGAAAUAUGCAAAUUAAAUACAAAUCUACGGGUUUUAUGGGUAAAGAAAGUAGUCGGAGAAUUGACUGAUAUUGUGCCCCACUGUCAAAAUUUAGAAGAAAUUGCCUUCCCAAUGUUUGCUGGUCACAAAUCAUAUGCUAGUCUUGCGGAUCUACCUAAGGUGCGAAAAAUAAUUAUUAAAAGCACAAACUCCACUUCCCCGUGUGCAAAGUUAAUUGAACUCCUUGAUGCAUUUGCGUCCAAGAAGCAUCAAACUCAACUACAAAGCUUAAUAUUAUUAUCCGAUUUGAACUUCGAUGAGACCAGCAAAUUAAUAGAACUGACUUUUUUGAGAGAAUUACGUUGUUCAUUCGAUGAUGCCAGAUGCAUUGAUCUCUUGACGGAUUUAACUGAACUUGAGGGACUAUAUAUUAUGCUUAAACGCUCAGCUGCUGGCUCUAAGGAAUGUUUGAAUGUUCUUAGAUCAUGCCAGAAGUUACAGCGUCUACAUAUAUACUCAAAUCUAUCAACGGAAUUCUUAGGAAAGGCUCUGGAUGUAUUAAAAAAAGUUCGAAUUCCUGAAAAGCAAAAGCCUUUAGAAUUGUAUUUAACAGGAGUUAUGCAUUUAUGCAAUGAGGACGGUGAAAAACUGAUUGACGAUGCUCACUGUACUUUGGUGAAUCAAUCGAAGCAUUUUCGUGCUUUACCGUGGAGACUUCCAAACUGAGUAUUGAGAUAGUUGACCUAUAAAUAUCGAGAAUUGCAUUGGUAUUGUACGCAUUUAAUGUGUACUAGUUAAAUAUUGCAAAUGUAAUUAUUACUUUAUUUCAAUUGAAUUCCGACCAGAGUAAAAAGUGCACCGCACAUAUUUAAAAUUAA